CUUCCAUCCCAUCAACUCAUAUGACAACGACAACGGAGUCUACACUACACCACCCUGGUCUUGUUACUAGCUAGUUUCUUGCUGUAAUCACAGAUCCUUUCAAAUCUAAGCAUUAAUUGAUUCUGCUUUCCAAUCGAUCGAGACACGGUCAAGCCGUGGCAAGAGUGAGCAUGGAGCUCGCCGUGGGCGCCUCCCAGAGCGCCAUGAGCGCGCUGCUGGGCAAGCUUGGCAGCCUCCUAGCCCAGGAGUACACUCUCAUCAGCGGCGUCCGCAGUGAGAUCCAGUACAUGAACGACGAGCUCGCCAGCAUGCACGCCUUCCUCCGCAAGCUCGAGCGUGCCGCCGCCGCUGGAGCUGCCCAUGACGAGCAGACCAAGGACUGGACCGAGCAGGUCCGCGACGUCGCCUACGACAUCGAGGACUGUGUGGACGACUUCGCCCACCGCCUUGGGCACCAGCCCCGCGGCGAGGGCCUCCUCGUCAACCUCCGUCGCGCGUGGUACGCCAUGACCACGCUCUGGUCCCGCCGGGACAUCGCCGCCAAGAUCAUAGACCUCAAGAACCGUGCACAGGAAGUGGGUGAGCGCCGAACGAGGUACGGCGUGCAGGAUCCCAAGCACGACUUUGAGCGCAAGGCAAGCAGAACACCUCGCCCGUACCCGACAGAUCGCCUGCAAUCAUCCAACCCGCGGUUAGUCGGCAUGACAAAGCCGGUCGGGCAGGAGGAGGCCAUCAGCACUCAUGGGCGAUGGCUCGUAGAGGGGCGGGCUGACCAGAGGAUUCUUGCCAUUGUUGGAUUCGGCGGGCUCGGCAAGACGACAAUGGCAUUAGAGAUGCAACGCAGGUUCGGGGAGAAGUUCGACGCCCGGGCAUCGGUGCAGGCGUCGCAGAAGCUAAACCGAACGUCGCUGCUGAGAGAUAUUCUCAAGCAGGUCCUGCCACAACAAGAGCCCGAGCGCAAAGGUGACACCGGUGGCACCGGCUUAGAAAGCCGUGCCGAUGAGAUCCAGGGAUGGAGCGAGGAACAGCUGAAGAAGAAGCUCCAAAAACAACUUGAGCACAAGAGGUACUUUCUCUUAGUAGAUGAUGUAUGGUCUGUCUCAUCAUGGACAAAUAUUUGGGAAUCUUUCCCAAAAAAUAAAAUUGGUAGUGCCAUUGUGGUGACUACAAGGUUUAAGUCUGUGGCCAAUGCUUGCUGCCAGCAAGAAGGUCGUAUCCACAUGCUUAAAUCACUCUCUUAUAAGGAGUCUGAAACGUUGUUUCAUGAAAUAAUUCAAGAUCAAGAUCUAGAGGAGUCCCAGAACAUCAAGGAGGAUGAAUUCAAAAACAAGGAGGCGCCCAAAGAUAACAAAGUGGAGUCCAAAAAUAUCAAAAGGGAGUUCCAAAACACCAUGGGGGGUGAGUCUAAAAAUGCAAUAAAGGAGGAGCCAAAUAAUACCAAACAGGAAUCUAGAAGAAUUAAGGAGCAACAAAAAAACACUAGGGUGAAGUCGUCAAAAAACACCAAUGGGGAAGAGUCCAAACAGCCCGAGGAGUCAAAUAACACCAAGGAGGAUGCCAAAAACACCAAGGAUUUACAGGAAUUUACAAGAAUCAAGGAGGAUAUUAUAAGGAGCUGUGGAGGUCUACCUUUGGCAAUAGUUAUAGUAGCAGGGCUCCUAGCCCAAAGAGACCUAAGCAAUGUGAGCCAUUGGAAAACAGUAAAAGAGUCUCUAAAUUCAGAGUUGGACAAGAAUCUGACCCCAGAGGGAGUGACACAAAUUCUUAAUCUCUGCUACAACGAUUUGCCAGCUGAUCAAAAGAAUUGUUUGUUGUACUUGAGCAUAUUCCCAAAGGGUUGCAGCAUAAAGAGGAGGCGUUUGACAAGGAGAUGGAUAGCUGAAGGUUUCAUCGUUGAGAAAGAUGGGAAAACUGUUGAGGAAGUUGCUGAUGACACCUUUAAUGAGAUCAUCAGCAGGAAUAUUGUUAGGCCAGUGGAGCAUAGCAGCAACGGAAAUGUGAAGGCUUGCCAAGUUCAUGAUAUGAUCCUUGAAUACAUUGUGUUUAAGUCAAGCGAAGAGAAUUUUAUCACUGUAGUUGGAGGCCACUGGCUCACACCAACACCAAGCAACAAAGUCCGCCGACUUUCACUGCAUAACAGCAAUCCAGAGGACGCAAGAGAUAGAAUAGGGAACAUGAACUUGUCACAUGUUCGUUCAUUAACAGUGUUUGAUAAUUUAAGCCAGAUGCCUUCCUAUUCACUGAAGUCUGGAAUACUGCAGGUGUUGGAUCUGGAAGGUUGCAAGAGCUUAAAUAAGAAUCAGCUGGACAAAAUAUGUAAAAUGUUUCAUUUGAAGUAUCUGAGUCUACGCAGGGCAUACAUCAAGAAGCUCCCGGAAGAAAUAGGAAAACUUCAAUAUUUGGAGACACUAGAUAUAAGGGAAACAGAUGUGACAAAAUUACCUUUAUCUAUUGGCCAGCUCCAAAAAAUGGUUCAUCUGCUUGGUGGCAAUAAAUCCACACGUCUUGCCUUGAGGUUUACAGAAGUAAUUGCAAAGAUGACAGCAUUGCAGACACUAACAGGCAUUGAGAUUAGUAAGGGCCCUACUCAAGACCUUGGAAGCAUACACAACCUCACCAAACUGAAGAAGUUAAGCAUCUUCAAUCUCAGAGACAUAGAUGCCAGCAGCCAAAAGCAUGGUGAUUUACUCUCGGCCAUUGAGUACCUAAGUGGCUUCUCCCUGAAGUCUCUUGCAAUUGAUGAUGGUUUCACAGGCUUUCUUGAUUCGGUGAAGGAAUUAUCCACUCCUCCAAAAUACCUCCACUCACUUGAGCUUUCUGGCAAACUGACUUGUGUACCUGGAUGGAUCGAGGAGCUCAAAACUCUUGAGAACUUAACUUUAUCAUUGACUUCAUUGGGGACAGAUACGUUGCGAGUUCUUUCCAAGCUUCCUUUAUUGUUUUCUCUCACAUUUUCAGUAAAUGCAAAAGGGCAGGAACGCAAUGUUGUGGAGAUUCUUCAUGAGAAUACAACCGUUUCAGGAGGCAAGAUCUUUGUUCCGGCUGGUGGAUUUGAGAAUCUUAAACUACUAAGGUUUUCAGCACCUGUAAUGCCACUGUUGAGCUUCCUAGAAACAGCAACGAAGGAGCUUCAAAGACUUGAGCUACAGUUCAGGCUACUGGAAGGUGUUUAUGGUCUGGAGAACCUUAAAAGUCUUCAGCAAGUGCAUCUUAGGGUCAGCCAGCAGCAUUCUGAAGCUACCAAGGUGAAGAUCUCUGAUAUCAGGACUUCAGUAAGUGUGCACCCAAAUAAGCCCACAGUGGUAGCUGAUGAGUACUAUGAAUGAUGAAAGUUUUUUUUUUUUGAACGGAUGAAUGAUGAAAGUUGAAAUGAUUGUUACAUUUUCAUACUUCCAAGUAGCAUUGUUUUUCUUUAACAAGGUUAGAACCCGUGUUGUGUGACAUGUUAUUUCUUUUAGUCUGACUAAUAGCCCAUUGGGCUGGCUGGCUUGUGUGCAAAAUGUAAAAGAAGUUCUGGUAAGUGUCCUUGUUUCUGUAUG